AUGUCGGACGCUAAAAAGAAAGCAGUCGCCGCUGAAUUGGCAGCGAAAAAUCUCGCACAAAUACAGAAAAUUGACCCAUGUGCAUCGAAAAUCCUCGAUAAAGUUGCACACACAGCACUCUACAAAUUUAAUAAAGAGAAGAAUCAGUGGGAAAAAACGGAUAUUGAUGGAACCAUGUUUAUCUAUUCAAGAGUUGACCGACCACUAUACAGUAUAAUGAUCGCCAACCGACAAUCUCCAGAUGAUUACAUAGAGCCGAUUACAGCCUCUCUUCAAAUCAAUGUUGAUAACAAUUACCUGUUUUUCUGCAAAACUGACGGUACUAUUAACGGACUUUGGUUUUAUGAUCAAAAAGACACUAAACGAAUUGCGGGUCUUGUACAGAAACUAAUCGAGAAAGUUGAAAAAUCGCAAGAAUCGGGUUCGCCGAAAUCGUCAGCCGCUACUGCUCAAGCAGCACAAUCUAUCGAUGAUCGAAGCGCACAGCUGAUGAAUCUCAUACGCGGUGGAAAACAUAACGCCAUCAAACAACCAACAACGCCUAAAAAAGAUCCUCCAAGCGAAUUCUCGACACCAAAAACUCUGAUGGAAACGCCAACAUCAUCAAUAUCUCGUACUUCGUUAAAACCAGAUCCUACCCCAGUGCUUCCAGUUCUUCUACAGAAGCUUAUGGUUCAGGAGCAACCAAGGAAUUUACUCAAAGAGCCGGGAGCAGUAGUUAGUGCUGACGAAUUAGAGAAAGAUUUGCUGAAAACCGCACGACCGAAACAAACACAAUUUGCCGACUUUAUCAAUUCUCCAUCGGCAGUUUCAUUGAACGCAUUUUCAACAAAAUCGGUACACGGAAGCGAGGGCGGAGAUUCGUAUGAUGUAUGUUCCAAAGAAACAAAUGAAAAUGUUGAAGCCUCAUUUGUAGUUGGAUCCGGCUCAAAUACGCCGCCUUUAAAUAAAGAACAGUUUGCUUCGGCUCUUAUAUACAUGUUUCAAAACGAUGAUCAAUUUGUUUCGCAACUUCAUCAAGCUUACGUGGAUUCUCUCAACCGACGAUUUCGACUCUAA